GAACAAGGCAAGAGUGGCGAGAAAGGGUGGAGCACGUGACCAGGAUGGCAGACAAGAAACGGGAUGCGCUCAAGAUUAUCACCCUGGGCAACUCGUUGGUGGGCAAGUCCAAGCUCAUGGAGCGGUACCUCAUGGAUGAGUACAAGCCUCACCAAGACUCGACCUACGCAUUGACCUUGCACGAACGCGAGGUGGAGAUUGAUGGCACUAUGGUCUCCAUCGACUACUGGGACACGGCUGGUCAGGAGCGCUUUGACAACAUGCAUCCCUCGUACUACCACGGCGCCCACUGCUGCAUCUUGGUAUUCGAUGUGACAAACCCGGCGACGUACCUGCAGCUCUCCCAGUGGUACCAAGAGCUCCGUACAUACUGCGCAGACAUUCCUUGCCUCUGUGCUGCAAACAAGAUCGAUGCCGAUCCCAAAAUGACCAAGAAGAAGUACACCUUUCCCAUCAAGCACGAUCUGCCGCUCUACUUUGUCUCGGCCUCGGACGGCACAAACGUCGUCAAGCUGUUCCAGGACGCAGAGCGUGCUGCCAACGAGUACAAGAACGCUGUGCCCACAGACGUCUACCGGAACGUUCUCGAGCUCCUCAAGGACGAUGACGGCUUUGAUCUCAACGACGACGACGACGAUGAUGACGAUGACGACGACCUCUAACACCGCUCGCCCCAUCGCAUCCCCCACACUCUCAUACCCCUCACACCUACGCUUUCAUCCCUGGUCCCUGGUCCCUGGUCCCUGGCCUUUUUCCGACCGUCACAACCCGGAACCGACUCUCCACCACGCACCUCCUCCGGCCUCAUCGCGACAACCGCUGCCUCUCCUGCUACCACUACCACGCCGCCA